AUGAAUAUUGAUAAUUAUAAUGAUGAAAUUAAUUUGAAUGAUCCUACAAUAAUAUUUGAUGAUAAUAAUAGCUACAGUUAUAUUGCUAAUAAAUCGGAUGAAUUUGAAAAUGAUGAUGAAGAGGAAACAGAAAUCAGAAAUUGGAAUGAUUUUUACAAUUAUGAGCUUGCAGAACGUUUUCUUGAUCAGUAUGCAAAAUCAAAUGGAUUUGUAAUCAUAAAAGGACGAAUAGAAAAAGAUAAAACCGAUAAAUCAAUCAUUGUAAGAAGGUCUUUUGAAUGUCAUCAUGAAAGAAUUCGUAAAUCAAAGAAGGUUAUUGAUUUUAUGCAACAAAGAAAUUGA